CCCAAACUUGCUUGAUGAGUUUGGCAAUACGAGACUGAGCUGUCAAAAUUUUCUAUUUGCAGAUCUUCUGAAACAAAUCCAAUUUGAAUUCAAAAUCGCUCCCCCCACCGUUCCGGUGUAUUUUACGGCGGAUGGUCCCAGCAACUCCGUCGAAGAUCACUGCGAUGGAAGGAGACAAAGAUUGGGAUCUUUGCAACAAGGAAGGGUUCGUUUUCAAGCGAGUGAAGCGAAGCCGUAUCUCCGGAGGCUCCGGAGAAGCAUCCAAACCGGUGGAACCGGAGUUGGAUCCGGCGGUAAAGGAGAGGAAUCGAAGGAUGCGGAAGAAGAGAACGCUGGUGAAGCUCAAAAGAAAGUACCAGAGUGAGAUGGAGCAGUGGGAGAUUUUGUCGAACAGCUUCAGUGCUAUGCAGGAGAAGGCCGUUCGAUUUGAAACGGCGGAGCGAGAAGAGAGGUUAAACGCGACCGAAACGACGUCGUCUUCGGAACAUGGCGGGGAAGAUGCUACCAAUACGGUGUCGUCUAUGCUCGACGAGCUUCUUUCUAUGGCAGAAGGACAAGAAGCGAUCAUCAACGAUGUCUCAGAUCUCUGCGAAGUAGCUGAAAAGAUAUGUAGAAUUGAACAUGAAGAAGAAGAAGAGUCAUUGUUUGAUCUUGCCGUUUGGUGCUCACCAAGGAGUCUUAUGGCGUCCCUUUGUGCUGAUUAAGAACCUCCUGCUCUGUACAUUCUUGUCUUGUUUUCGAGUUGUAGCAUAUAUGUCUGUCUUGUCUUUUGUUUUUUGUUUUUCUCAAAAUGUGAAACACCACAACAGCUGGAAUAACUUAAAAAUUCACACCAA